AUGAGUAUAUGUGCCGCAUGUAACAAUGUAGUGGAAAAGGAUUACUUGGAAUGCCAGCGUUGUUCGGAUAGAUAUCACUUUUUAUGCCUCGAUAUCUCACUGGAUGAAGGAAAUAAACUACUAGUUGCAAACAACAAGUGGAUAUGCCUUAGUUGCAGUAACAAACAGCCUAAAAGUAGCGAUCCCGUCCGCCCUUCAACUCCGACAGGCUUGGCUGAUAUAACAUUUAAUGUAACACGCCGCAAGGUACAAAAUAAGUUGGAAAUUGUGCAAGCAUCUACUGCAAGAAUGUCGGACAGUGUAUCGCGCUCCGAUAUACGGGAAGAGAUGCGUUCAGUUAUGAAUGAAUUUAUGAGUGAAAUGAGAAACACCUUAAACCUUGAACUACGUGAAUUAAGGGACCAAAUAUCCGGUUUUAAGGAUUCUCUUGGCUUUCUAAGUGCCCAAUUUGACAAUCUGAAUAGCGAUGUUGCCGCUCAUAACUCGACCAUUAAACUACUUAAAAAUGAAAACGAGCAGCUUCGGUCAGAGGUCGCCGUUUGGUCUAAUCGUGUCAGACAAAUGGACCAGCUGUCUAGAUCAACAAACAUUGAAUUGCAGUGCGUGCCCGAGCACAAAGCUGAAAAUGUAUUGUGCAUUGUUAAACAGCUUGGUCAAGUUGUCAAGUUUCCCAUUAGCGAUGGUGACAUAGCUUAUUGUUCACGCGUUGCUAAGUCAGAUCCUAAGUCGUCUCGUCCACGUACUAUCCUGGUGAAAUUUAGUAUCCCUCGCAUCCGGGAUUCCCUGCUAGCCGCUACCAUACAAUACAAUAAGGAUAACCCGAAUAAGAAACUGAACACCAGCACACUAGGCCUGGAUGAUAAGAAGAUAGCGAUAUUUGUUACUGAGAACCUUACAAUGGAAAAUAAAAACCUACACGCCGCUACCCGACUUCGAGCUAAAGAACUAAAUUAUAAAUUUGUGUGGGUACGAGGAGGACGAGUUUAUGUACGUAAAUCAAUCGAGACGGAAAAGGGCUCAAACUCCAGCUCUACUCCUGAAAAUGCUCAGGAGUCAUGUUACCAGCUGGAACCACCCAUCAGAUACAUAGAAUUAUAUUUUAUUGAUUUCGAAAACGAAAAUGAAGUAUUGAAUGACGACAAUGAGAGGAAUGGUGACGUUGAUGAUGAAAUCGAAGAAGAAGUGGAACCGGAGGUGGAAGCUGAGAAUUUGGAGGAACAAGUAGAUAAUGAGGAUGAUAAUGGUGGAGAUGAAGGAGAAGAUGACGAUAACGAUGAAGACAAUAACGAUUUUGAUGAGCUGAUUCGACCAGAACGCAAUCUUAAUGAAAUGUAG